UGCUCUUAUUUAGUAUAUGACUAUAAAAAUGAUACCCAGUCAUUUGUUUGGAUCAUGUAUUUAAAAAGUGAAAUAGUUGAUCAUACUUCUUUCUCAUUUACUGAAAGUCCCAUCGUGAUAAUUCAUUCUUCAAAUCAAGCAAAAAUGCCAUGGUUUGCAAAAAUUCAGAAAGUGAAACUAUUUUUCAUCUGGUUAUUUCAGGCUAAUAGACUUUAUAAAUUUUUUGCUGAAAUGGCCACUCGAUUCUGGUCUAUAACCUCUCGUUUGAAAAAUUUUUGGUGGCAACCUUUCUCUGCCAAGAAUUUCAGUUCUGCCUCUAAAGCUUUGGAGGGUUCAACAGUAGAUUCUGAAGAAGUUUCGAAGUUCACUCAGAAAGCCAAUGAAUGGUGGAGCAAUCCAUAUCGCUUAUUAUACACAAUGAAUACUCUGAGGGUUCCAUUUAUAAGAGAUGGUAUUUUAUAUGCAUCUGAAGUGACAAUUAAAAAGCCAUUGCCACUUGAAGGGUACAAGAUUAUCGAUGUUGGUUGUGGUGGAGGCCUCUUGGCUGAACCAUUGGCAAGACUUGGUGCACAAGUCACUGGGCUUGAUCCUGGCUUGGAGAACAUUGAAGCUGCAAAAGAACAUGCUUCCCAAGAUGAAGAAAUCAAUAAUCGAUUGAAUUAUGUAUGUGACACUAUUGAAAAUUUUGUUACUGUUUCCCCUGGCACAUUUGAUGCUGUUGUGUGCAGUGAAGUCAUUGAACAUGUGGCUGAUGUUCCAAUAUUUGUUAAUAAUUGUGUGGAACUUGCUAAAGAAGGUGGAUCACUGUUUUUUACUACUAUUAACCGCACAACUGUAUCUUAUUUUGCAGCCAUUUUAGCUGCAGAAUACGUUUUAAACAUUGUUCCUCGAGGAACUCACAAUUGGAAUAAAUUUGUUCAGCCGAGUGAAUUAAGUGAAAUGUUGAAAGGUUUAAAUUGUCGAAUAGUAUCGAUAGAAGGAAUGCUGUACAAUCCUUUGACUAGAACAUGGAAUUGGUGUAGUAACACCUCAAAUAAUUAUGCUUUGCAUGCUAUAAAAUAAAUUUUGUUUUUAUUUUUUUCUAAAAAUGCUAUUUAUUUUUAUUUUUUAAAAAGUAUUUGACAUUAUAUAAAUAAAAACAUUUUAAAUUGCUUUA